CCCAGCUACCUCAACUACCAGUUCCUGGGCGAGAAGGACUGCGCGGCGCCCUGCGAGCCGGCCCGCGGCGACGGCCACAUGUUCUUCAGCCAGGAGGAGGUGCGCUUCGCCCGCCUCUGGAUCCUGGUCUGGUCCGUGCUCUGCUGCGCCUCCACCUUCUUCACCGUCACCACCUACCUGGUGGACAUGCAGCGGUUCCGCUACCCGGAGCGGCCCAUCAUCUUCCUCUCGGGCUGCUCCACCAUGGUGUCGGUGGCCUACAUCGCCGGCUUCGUGCUGCAGGAGCGCGUGGUGUGCAACGAGCGCUUCGCCGAGGACGGCUACCGCACCGUGGCGCAGGGCACCAAGAAGGAGGGCUGCACCAUACUCUUCAUGAUCCUCUACUUCUUCGGCAUGGCCAGCUCCAUCUGGUGGGUGGUCCUGUCCCUCACCUGGUUCCUGGCCGCCGGCAUGAAGUGGGGCCACGAGGCCAUCGAGGCCAACUCGCAGUAUUUCCACCUGGCCGCCUGGGCCGUGCCGGCCGUCAAGACCAUCACCAUCCUGGCGCUGGGCCAGGUGGACGGGGACGUGCUGAGCGGGGUCUGCUGGGUGGGGCUGCACAGCCUGGACCCCAUCACCUCCGGCUUCUGGAUCUGGUACGGCAAGACGCUGCACUCCUGGCGCAAGUUCUACAGCCGCCUGGCCCACAGCCGCCACGGCGAGACCACGGUGUGAGGGGCCCAGGCGGGAUGGGUGCGGGGCGGGGGCAAGAGCUCGUUUCAAAUCGGCUCUUCCUCCAUCGGGGGAGGGGGAGGGCUGUUGCCGUCCUUGAAGGGUGUCUUGUAAUUAAACCUGUAAAUAGCCUUUGUAAAUGGAAUUAUAUAUUUCUAUUUAAAAACAAAAGGAACCACGCAGAGAUCCCCCCCCCCACUCUCCUGCGGGGGAGGCCUGGCUCUCCCUGGCUCUGGUACCAGAGUUGGGUUUUUCCCCUUUCUCUGCCCUGGCAAAUGGCUCCCCUCUCCCUGGAGCCACAGAGACGGAGUUUCUGUUUGUGUUGGCCGUGGGGGAGCGUUUUCGGUUGGACUUCCAGAAAAGCCAGAGC